AUGGGACUCUCCAAGACCAACAGGAUCGUCAUCCUGUUGGUGAUUGACUCUGCAUUCUUCUUGCUAGAGCUGAUUACAGGCUAUGCCGUCCACUCCCUUGCCCUGGUCGCCGAUUCCUUUCACAUGCUCAAUGAUGUUCUGUCGCUUUGCGUCGGUCUAUGGGCCGUCAAGGUCGCCAAUCGCGAAACAAAUUCGAAGAUGUACACAUAUGGCUGGCAACGGGCGGAAACUCUUGGUGCGCUCGUCAACGGCGUCUUCUUGGUCGCCUUGUGUCUCUCGAUCUUCUUAGAAGCCAUCCAGCGUCUGGUGGAGCCCCAAGAAGUCCAGAACCCCAAGUUGGUUUGCAUCGUCGGCUGCUUUGGACUUCUAUCCAAUAUCCUUGGCUUGGCGCUUUUCCACGAUCACUCACACGGUGGACACGGUCAUGAUCACGGUGAAGGCGCCGAGCAUGACGAGGAGGAUGUGGAGCAAGGUCACGGCCAUCGCCACGAGAGCCAAGGCACGCCCUUCCUUGGCUCGGAUCAUGGAGACGUGAACGCAACGUUGGCAAAGAGUAGUCAUGGAGCUUCAGGACAUGAGACUGGGCCAAACGGACUCUCCACUGAGCCCUCGUCCCCUCUUUCCCGCAAGCGCCGGGCGACCGACUCGCAGGGCCGCGGCUCUCGCCGUUAUAGCACCUCUCUUGCGAAUGUCGAGGACAUAUACGUGCACCCGGCUACCUUGCGACAGGAUAUUAUUGCCGCCAGCCGUGGCGGUUUCGACACCGAGCAGUCUUCCGACACCGACAGCCGCGAGGAUGAAGUACCAACCGAACGAUCCGGUCUUUUGCGCAACCGUGACCGUGCUUCCAACUACACUGAUGAGAAUGGGGUUCCUUUCACGGUCCCGGAUCACCCUACAGAGGAAGAUGUUCACAAGAGCCAUAACCAUGCUCAAACACAGCCGAAGGGUCAGAAGGGUGGCCACGGCCACGGCCAUGACCUGAAUAUGCGCGGUGUUUUCCUGCACGUCAUGGGCGAUGCGCUCGGCAACAUCGGUGUCAUUGCUUCCGCAUUGAUCAUCUGGUUGACUGACUACAAGUGGCGUUUCUACGUCGAUCCCGGCAUCUCUUUGUUCAUCACUGUCAUCAUCCUGGCCUCGGCCAUCCCGCUUUGCAAGGCUGCGUCGCGCAUUCUUCUUCAGGCCGCGCCCCAGGGCAUGAGCGUCGAUCACAUCAAGGAGGAUAUUGAACGUCUGCCCGGCGUCAUCGGAACCCACCACCUCCAUGUCUGGCAACUGAAUGACACCAAGCUCGUCGCCUCAAUCCACAUCCAGGUUGACACGGAAAUCAAGGGCGAGGGCUCGGAGCGGUAUAUGCGCCUUGCGCGCCAGGUUCGCCGCUGCCUGCAUGCCUACGGCAUUCACUCCUCCACCAUUCAGCCUGAGUUUACUCCCGAUAGCGAUACCGAGGAGAACCAGAACCAGGUCCAGGCAUCCUCGUCUCGGGCCGGCACCGAGGACCACAACCACUCCAGCCGGGCGACCAGUGUCCGCGAGGGUGACUCCCACGCCUGCCUCCUCGAAUGCGAUGACAAUUGCGCACGUGUUGGCCAAUGCUGCCCCAAAAAGUCUACUUGA